ACACCAAAAUGCCGCCACAACCAGUGGCUGGUUAAGCUUGCUGGCCCUAUCCGGAGCCAGAGUAUGGUCCCGGGCCUGUAGUCCCUUUCUGGACAUGGAGGAUGUGGAGGUGCGCUUUGCUCACCUCCUGCAGCCCAUCCGGGAUCUCACUAAGAACUGGGAGGUGGAUGUGGCGACCCAGCUGGGCGAGUAUCUGGAGGAGCUGGACCAGAUCUGCAUUUCUUUUGAUGAAGGCAAAACCACAAUGAACUUCAUUGAGGCAGCACUGUUGAUCCAGGGCUCAGCCUGUGUCUACAGUAAAAAGGUGGAGUACCUCUACUUGCUGGUCUACCAGGCUCUCGAUUUUAUUUCUGGCAAGAGGCAAGCCAAGCAGCUCUCUGUACAGGAAGAUGGGAGCAACAGGGCUGUCAAUUCAAGGACGCCCGAUGAAACAGAGGAUGAGCUCCUGUCACUGGAUGACUUCCCUGACUCCCGGGCUAAUGUGGAUCUGAAAAAUGACCAGGCAUGCAGUGAGCUGCUUAUCAUACCCCUUCUGCCCAUGGCCCUGGUGGCCCCUGAUGAAUUGGAAAAGAACAACAGCCCCUUGUAUAGUUGUCAGGGUGAGGUCUUGGCCAGCCGGAAGGAUUUCAGGAUGAACACGUCUACCCCUCACCCCAGAGGCUCCUUUAUGUUGGAUCCAGUGGGGAUGUGUCCUGUGGAGCCUGUGGAUGUCUACCCCGUGACAAGCCAGAAAGAUGCUGAGGAACAGCCAAUGGAAGUUUGUAGGAAUGGCAGUCCUGUUCCUGUACUCAACAUCUCCCAAGAGCCAGAAGGCCCAGUGCUCAGCGGUGGAGAUGAGGAUGCAGAGGAUGUAGCAGAGCUUCCGGAGGUUGCUCUAGAGCCUGCAGAGCCCAGGACCUCACAGCAGGAUGUCACCUUGCCAAGGAGAUACAUGCUGAGGGAACGACAAGGGGCCCUGGAACCUUCCUCCCGGCUACAGGAGACCCCAGACCCCUGGCAGAGCCUGGACCCCUUUGACUCCCUGGACUUUAAGCUCUUCCAGAAAGGGAAACCCUAUUCUGUGCCAUCCUGUGUGGAAGAGACGCCAGGACAGAAGCGCAAGAGGAAGGGUAUCACCAAGCUACAGGACUUCCACCAGUGGUACCUAGCUGCCUAUGCUGAACAUACUGAAGGCAGGAGGCUUCGGCGGAAGGGCCCAACCUUUGCAGACAUGGAAGUCCUGUACUGGAAACAUGUAAAAGAACAACUAGAGACCCUUCAGAAGCUGCGGAGACGUAAGGUGACUGAGAGAUGGCUGCCCAGGGCCAAGGAGGAUCUAUGGCCUGUAGAGGAGGAACGCUUGGAAGAGUCCCUAGAAGAACUAGGGGUAGCAGCAGAUGACUUUCUAGAGCCUGAAGAGUAUGCAAAGCCUGAGGAGGUGAUGCCUGGGGAAGCUGCUGACCUAGAUGCAGAGGCCAUGCCAGAGUCCCUGAGAUACGAGGAGCUGGUCCGAAGAAAUGUGGAACUCUUCAUUGCCACCUCCCAGAAGUUUGUUCAGGAGACAGAGCUGAGCCAACGCAUCAGGGACUGGGAAAACACCAUUCAGCCCGUGCUCCAGGAGCAGGAGCAGCACGUGCCCUUUGAUAUCCACACCUAUGGGGACCAGUUGGUUUCACGGUUCCCCCAGCUCAAUGAGUGGUGUCCCUUUGCAGAGCUUGUAGCUGGGCAGCCUGCUUUUGAGGUGUGCCGCUCCAUGCUGGCCUCCUUGCAACUAGCUAAUGACUAUACGGUGGAGAUCACCCAGCAGCCAGGACUGGAGGCAGCUGUGGACACCAUGUCUCUGAGACUGCUUACACACCAGCGAGCUCACACGCGCUUCCAGACCUAUGCUGCCCCAUCCAUGGCCCAGCCUUGAGUGCAGAGUGCUGAGGCAGGGGUGGAAGGCAGUACAUACAUGGAAGCCUUGUGCCCCUAAUGUGCUGUGGGGCCAUCUACUCCAGUGCUGCCUACUGGCUGGCCUAGCCUAAUAAAGUGGUAUUGCUACCGUA